AUGGGGGUUGAGGAUGCUGAUGCAUCCGAGAAAAGUGUAAAUGAAGAAAAUGGGGUAGUAUCAGAGGCAGACCAACCUCAGAACAAGCACAGCCGGCACAAAAAAAAGAAACACAAACACCGAAGUAAACACAAGAAACAUAAACAUUCUUCAGAAGAAGAUAAGGACAAAAAACAUAAACACAGACACAAACAUAAGAAACAUAAACGGAAAGAGGUAGCUGAUGCCUCUGACAAGGAAGAUGGACCAGCUAAAAGAACUAAAAUUGAUUUUUUAGCUCCUCUGGAAGACUUAGAGAAACAAAGAGCAUUACUGAAAGCUGAACUUGAAAAUGAAUUAAUGGAAGGAAAAGUCCAGUCUGGGAUGGGAUUAAUAUUACAAGGUUAUGAGUCAGGAUCUGAAGAAGAGGGGGAGAUUAAUGAAAAAGUACGAAAUGGAACAAAAGCUACAGCUAAGUCAAACACUAAGGGGAAACUAGAACCUGUGGACAAUAAAACUAGUUCCAAGAAAGGAAGUAAGAGUGAAUCAAAAGAAAGGACUAGGCACAGAUCUGACAAAAAGAAAGGCAAGGUAGGAGUUGAUGGAAUCAAGGAGAAGACAACUAGAAGCAAGUCGAAAGAGAGGAGGAAAUCCAAAAGCCCUUACAAGAGAAGUAAAUCUCAAGAUCAGACAAGAAAAUCCAGGUCUCCAAUGCUCAGAAGGCGAUCUCAGGAGAAAAACAGAAAAUCUAAAUCUCCCCCAGAGGACAGAAAUAAGGCUGAUGAUAAAAGUAAGUCAAGAGACCGCAGAAAGUCUCCAGUUGUAAAUGAAAACAAAAGCAGAGAUCGUGGCAGAAAAUCUAAAUCUCCAGCAGAACUAAGAAGCAAAUCCAAAGAUAGAAGAUCACGGUCCAAAGAUAGAAAACCUAGGAGAUCAGAGACUGACAAAGAAAAAAAGCCAAUUAAAUCUCCUUCUAAAGAUGCUUCUUCAGGGAACGAGAACAGGUCCCCUAGACGACCUGGACGUAGCCCAAAAGGAAGAAGCUUAUCUCCCAAACAACGUGAGAAGUCAAGAAGAAGCAGAUCCCCUCUCUUUAAUGAUCGUAGAUCUAAACAGAGUAAAUCACCCUCUCGAACCCGGUCUCCAGUUAGAAGAGUGAGGAGUAGGUCUGCAGAAAGGAAAAGAAGAGAAUCAGAAAGGCGGCGUCUUUCUUCUCCCAGAACACGGACCAGAGAUGAUAUUUUGUCUAGACGUGAGAGAUCAAAAGAUGUUAGCCCACCCAGUAGAUGGUCUCCAUCCAGAAGAAGGUCCCGAACCCCCAUUAGAAGGAGGUCUCGUUCACCACUUCGGCGUAGCCGAUCUCCAAGAAGGCGGAGCAGGUCUCCUCGGAGGAGGGAUAGAGGCCGAAGAAGUAGAUCUCGCCUUCGAAGGAGGUCCAGGUCACGUGGUGGCCAUAGACGUAGGAGCAGAAGCAAAGUUAAAGAAGAUAAAUUUAAAGGUAGUCUUUCAGAGGGUAUGAAAGCUGAACAGGAGUCUUCAUCGGAUGAAAAUCUUGAAGACUUUGAUUUGGAAGAAGAGGAUGAAGAAGCAGAGAUAAGACAAAGAAGGUUACAGCGGCAAGCAAUUGUUCAGAAAUACAAAGGUCAGACAGAAGACAGCAAUAUAUCUGUACCAUCUGAACCAAGCAGUCCUCAAAGUAGUACUCGAAGUCGCUCAAAUUCGCCAGAUGAUAUCCUAGAAAGAGUAGCUGCUGAUGUUAAGGAGUAUGAACGGGAAAAUGUGGAUACAUUUGAGGCAUCAGUAAAAGCCAAGCACAACCUCAUGACAGUUGAACAGAACAAUGGUUCAGCUCAGAAGAAGCUGCUAGCUCCUGAUAUGUUCACAGAAUCAGAUGAUAUGUUCGCUGCAUACUUUGAUAGUGCUCGUCUAAGGGCUGCUGGGUUUGGAAAAGACUUCAAAGAAAACCCCAAUCUCAGGGAUAACUGGACUGAUGCCGAAGGCUAUUACCGUGUUAAUAUAGGUGAAGUUCUAGAUAAACGUUACAAUGUCUAUGGUUACACUGGUCAGGGAGUCUUCAGUAACGUAGUGCGAGCCAGGGACAUGGCAAGAGCCAACCAAGAAGUAGCAGUUAAAAUCAUCAGGAACAAUGAACUUAUGCAAAAAACUGGCCUAAAAGAACUGGAAUUUUUGAAGAAGCUCAAUGAUGCAGAUCCUGAUGAUAAAUUUCACUGUCUACGGUUGUUCAGGCAUUUCUACCACAAACAACAUCUCUGUCUGGUGUUUGAGCCACUCAGUAUGAAUUUACGAGAGGUGUUGAAAAAGUAUGGGAAAGAUGUUGGACUCCAUAUUAAAGCUGUGCGUUCCUACAGCCAGCAGUUGUUCCUGGCUUUGAAACUUCUUAAAAGAUGCAAUAUCCUACAUGCAGACAUUAAACCAGACAAUAUUUUGGUGAAUGAGUCCAAAACAAUAUUAAAACUUUGCGAUUUUGGAUCAGCUUCACAUGUUGCAGAUAAUGACAUCACACCCUAUCUAGUUAGUAGAUUUUAUCGAGCUCCAGAAAUCAUUAUAGGAAAAAUCUAUGACUAUGGUAUAGAUAUGUGGUCUGUAGGCUGCACAUUAUAUGAACUUUAUACAGGAAAAAUACUCUUUCCUGGCAAAACCAAUAACCAUAUGUUGAAACUAGCCAUGGAUCUCAAAGGAAAGAUGCCAAACAAGAUGAUUCGAAAAGGUGUGUUCAAAGACCAACACUUUGAUCAAAAUCUCAACUUUAUGUAUAUAGAAGUAGAUAAAGUGACAGAAAGGGAGAAAGUUACUGUUAUGAGCACCAUUAAUCCAACCAAGGACCUGUUAGCAGAUUUGAUUGGGUGCCAACGACUCCCUGAAGACCAGCGUAAAAAAGUACACCAGCUAAAGGACUUGUUGGACCAGAUUCUAAUGUUAGAUCCAGCUAAACGGAUUAGCAUCAACCAGGCUCUGCAGCAUGCCUUCAUCCAGGAAAAAAUCUAAACCAGAUGAAGAAGUUCAAAGGGUUUGAGUAAUUAAGAUACAAAGACUGAAGAAAUUUCACAGGAGUUAUUAAUGUAUAUAAACAUAAAUAUUUCCCCUGCAAAGUUGAGGAAGAAAUGAUACAUUUGAAUUAACAACAAGGCUGAUAUUUCUUUUAGAAAUGUUAGAGUAAUUCUGUUUUGUGUCUUACGUGAAAAUUUUCACUGUAGAACUGUUUUAAUUGCCAAGACUGCACAGAAGUACAAUGCUAAUGUAUAUGGUUGCAGUUCGUAUAUAUUAUAAAAAGAAAAAAAGCAUCUGUUAUAAAAAAAAAGAAAGGAAAAAAAAAAAGCAGUAA